CAACUAGUUAACUGUGUGCCCUGUGUGUAGACAUAACCGACCAGUUUACUUUCGGACAAUUGUUGUAAUACGAAUCGAUAACUAAAAGUAAACAGAUUAGACUCACUUCUACAAACGAUCACAGCCACAUUUCAACAUUUUCGGGAUUUCGAUAGAAUAGAAGCCGUUCACAUGUGGCAAAGAUGCAAUAGAUGUAAGCGACAAAGGAUUUGUCGAUCGAAUUUGCUCAAAUUGCUUGGUGGAAGCGUGAUAGCGGGCGCUCUAGGUGUGUUUGCAGUGAUUGGAUUUGGCAUUCUGCAGGCACACACUACGUUUGCUUUUCUCCAAGUUUUGGGUUCAUUUUGUGUGUGUUUACACAUAUUUGAUGAUGGAACAGUCACCGCAAUAGGUCGUCUUGGAAUGUGUGCGCUGAAAUUGGACUGGUGUAACUAUAUGCUAGUUUCUAUGAAAAUCAGAAAGGUCAAGGACAUCUGCGGCUGUACAAAAACGUACGUACUAACGGUACGGCAUGUCGAAAACUUGCGGCCUCUGCAGACGUUACAAUUUCAGGUGGGAGCCAAUUCAUGGACAUUGUCGUUGAGAAGAACCGAAUUUCUCAGCUUUGGUAUGAUCAGUGAAAAAUUGAGCAGGGUGAAAGUGGCGAUCAAUAUUUCGUCGGACAAUUUAGAAGUAUCGCCGAUAAGAAGAGAAAUUAUCAGAGAUAUUGCGGCUGGAGGUGGCUUUUAUAUGCAUGAUAUCAUUUCAUGGAAAGAACUUUUAAGAGCCGAAAAUCGAUAUGUUAAGAACGCCUGUCUUGCCAUGGAAAUUGAGAUAACGGAUGGCAAAUUUUUUGUCGAUUUACGCGAGAAAGAUGAACUGAGACCACGACUCGAAUCUCUAUUUCGGACAACAGGUAUGAAACCGGUCUCUUCUCCAUGGGCAUCGUUAUGGAAAUCUAGAGAUUCUGGAGUUAUACCAAAAAUGAAAAUCACGAAAACCGAAAAGAGCUGCGAUCUUGGCUGCCUAACCACACUGGAAUUAACCGUCGAUAACAUUGAAAAUAUUCGUACACUCGGGUCCACUCCAAGGACUCCAAGUGCAACGAUCAAAAUCGGGAAAUCAACUUGGACAUUGGAGGUGACCAAUUAUGAUGCAGACUAUGUCGGACUCAAGUUACGUGCUGACAAGGAAUUCGACGUCCGAGUGGUGAUUCAAGUUCGUUCCGAUAAGACGUCGGUCCUUUGCAUACGUAAGGUGAUCAUGCGACAUAUCGAGCCAGACAGCGAUUUGUGCGUUGAUCAGCUGCUAUUGUGGAGUGAGUUGAUCGAUCCUUAUAACGGUUUCAUAAUGGAUGCCGCUCUGAAAAUCGAAGUUGAGUUAACCAAUGGGUUGUACAUACUAGAUCACGUCAGUCCGUAAAAAAUGUGUGUUUUAGGGUAAGAUCCAGUUUUUGUCGUUGAUUUUACUUUAUAUUGUGUCAAAUAUUGCUUUCCAUUUACUUUAUUACAAUUAAAAUACUUUUCCACCUUUGAUUGCGAAUUCAUUGAU